ACUGAUGACGCAAUUCUCAUGACAUUGGCAUCGAGUUUGCUAAUAAGUUAUGGCUCUCUCCCGGCUUUCAAGAUCCUUCCCAGGGCUCUUCGUUUGGACAUCGUCAACAAUCCUUCAUAGACCCUUUAGUGUAUCUACUGUUGCAGCUGCCAUUCAAAAGAUGACAAGAGUGCGUGUUGUGGACAACAGUUCUCUUGGGAACACACCAUAUCAUCGUCCACCAAGAGUGAUCCAUGUCUACAACAAGAAUGGCAUUGGAAAAGUUGGUGACAAAGUCCUACUUGCCAUUAAAGGGCAGAAGAAGAAAGCGCUCAUCGUUGGACAUAAAAUGCCUGGAGAUCGUAUGACUCCACGCUUUGAUUCGAACAAUGUUGUUCUGAUUGAGGAAAACGGCAACCCCACUGGAACCAGGAUUAAGAUCCCUAUACCCUCACAUUUACGUAGUAGGGAGGGAGAUUACUCAAAAGUCCUGGCAAUUGCAAGUUCAUUUGUCUGAAUGCGUCAUUCAUCCGUGUUACACCUACAUCGUGUUCAAUAAAGCUGAAAAAGUA